UAUUCUGUUGCAGUCAUGCGCAGUGUUCUUGGUUGGUCAUCAAUCGACAAGGGUGUCAUGUAUACGAUUAACCACAGGAACAAAACCUGUAAGAAGGAGAGGCUGAAAAGGGAGGACUUCCACCCUAUGGAGAUCCCUGCCGAUGCUGCUCUGCUGGGCCAGGUUAUCUUAGGGAGCUCCUCUGGUCCAGGACAAGGUCUGCUGGUCAACACCUGGUAUGGAGAAGUUGCAACCCCAAGUGGUAAAGACAAGUGGGUGAGUACCUUCACUGAGUUUGGGUGCAUACCUGUCAGCUCUGCAUACUACACGGACAAGACCGGCUGGAUGCUUUCAAGCUUCUUCAACAUUGUCGUUGGGAUCCUGGACCCCCGGGAGUUCUUCCCUCCUAAAUUCUGUCAGGGCGCUUUACUGGAUGAGACUGAAGAGGCUGCCGACUUCUACAGCAUUUUCAAAAACUUUACAAAAUAUUCCUAAAGGACAUUGUCUUUCAUUUUCUUAUGAGAAUUUCACACAACUAUUGCUUAUUUUUAACCUGAGAUAAAAAUACAUGUUUUUUUCAAAUGAAUUCAUAAAUGUAAAAAAGGACUGUGUUAGUGUAGGUAAAACACAAGUUACAAAAAUAACAUACUACUGACCAUGUUACAAGUCAGUCACACUGAGCAUUAUAUGUACACAUUACCAUCGCAAACGUUAAUUUCUUGCAUUGAACUGUCCUUCUGAAUCCUUUCUUUUCAAAGGCAAGUCUACAGUCCGGGUUAGGGUUUGGCCGGGGUAGACCGUCAUUGUAAAUAAGAAUUGGUUCUUAACUGAAUUGCCUAGUUAAAUAAAGGUCAAAUCAAAUAAA